GGCCAUAUGACAUUCAACACUUUAUGUUCUUAUUCAGUUCGUCUGUUGUAACCACAUUGUUCAGAAUGAAGGCUGCUUUUCUUCUCCUCGUCUGCUUGCCAUUUAUGUUCGCCAAGACGGCAAAUGAACCCGAUUUUGUCUCUCUGGAAGCUUACAACAGCAUGACACCUGAAGAAAGAAUGUCAGUUCAUUCUGCCGUGGAAGCCAUCAAGCACUGGUUCGCCUCCCAUGGCACUCAGUUGACCGCUGGUGCCUGUGGCGUUUUCUGUGCUGCUGAAGCCGCCGCCACUCUUGGAAUCGGUGCACCAGUCUGUGCUGCAGCUUGUGCUCUGAUUGGACUUAUCGGAUGAAAACAAUUUGAAAAUAAAUUGAUGUAUUGUUCAUAUAA